CAGCAAACCUAAACACGCUUGUUUGUUUAGGGCUUGUGGCGAGUUAUUCGGUGCGCCAUCAACAUAACCGGUUUGCCCAGCAGCAGCAGCACCAACCGCGGUGAAGUGGAUGUGAUAAGCGGACAAGUGUGUGCGCGAACCCGUUCCGCGAUCAUCGUCAGCAGAGCUCGGAUGUCAGGCUCACAGUAACAUUCACAUGCGUUUCUGGUCUAUCGAUCACCAACAAUCCCCGUGCACAUCAAUACACGCACACACGCACACACAACACGUAUAUUAGCUUCAUGAAAGUUUUAGUACGCUAUGAGGUUUUUUUUCUCUUUUGGUUGCGUUUUGUACUGCAGAAAGGUCGAAACAAAUCAUCCAUUUUAUAAAAUGGACAGCCAUUGGACAAGCUCCGAGGCACCGCCAUUCCGCCACGAAGCUCGGAAUUGGAAUUGAAAGCGAUCAGUUUGGUCGAGCGUUGGGGUCCCAGCUGCUAUGAAUAAUUCUAAACGAAAAUUUAAGUACUUCUGUUUGCGAUGCGUCCUCUUUGGUUAAUCGGUUUAGCCGUACUGGCGUUCCUAGCCCCAUCUAAUGGCGACCAAAGCUGCAUCAGCAACACUAUCUACAGGGACAUGGAAUGGGAUCUGCAGUGUAGCACAUUCAGAGUCAAACUGACGCGUGUGAAAGUGGAGAAGACUAGCGAAAUAGAGCUACAGGUGCGAUGUACAAACAAGCCAGAUUUCAAUCUACUGCAAACCAUCACAAACUUACCCAACCUAAGUGCGAGUAAGAUCGACAACCUAUCUUAUUACUACUGCCCGAUGCCAUACGGAAAUCAAUCGCUCGUCGACGUCCUAGCCGGAUUUAUUGAACGUGAGCAAGUUAGCAAUAUAAAAAAGCUAUUAUUUGUGGAAAAUACUAAAUACAGCGAACCGUUACCACUUGAGCCGGUGCUGUUCGCCGACCUGAACGAACUGGAGGUGCUUUCGAUGAAGCGUUCCGCCGCGCGGCCACUCGACAACGAUCAACUGUUUGCAAGUCUGACCAAGCUUCACACGCUCGAUUUGCGCGAAGGGGACGGUGGUUCCCGUGUCGCUACGGCGCUAUUGCGCCCGCUAGCUAACCUAACAAAUCUGGAACUAAUGGAGAAUGGAUUGAGCGAACUGCCGGCCGGGUUAGUUAGUAGCUUACCGAACCUCCAAUAUUUGACGCUGUACAACAACGAGCUGAAGCGACUGGACAAAUUUGUGGAGCUGCCAAAGCUGAACGAUAUCGAUCUUUCCAGUAAUCAGCUUACAGAGCUACAGGCGGAUGUGUUUGAUUCGCUGCCCGCAUUGUCGCAACUGCUGUUGAAUUAUAACCACCUGUCCAGCUUACCGAGUGGUUUGUUGAAGAAUAAUUUCAAUUUAACCAUAUUCUCCGCUCAGGAGCAGCAUAACGAGCGACUUGUCCUAGGGGAUGGACUGUUUGCGGGAUUAAAAAAACUUUCCAAAGUUUACCUCGCCCAAUGUCGGAUAGAUCGUUUGCCGGAAGAUCUGUUUGCCGGUGCAACUGGGUUGAAAACUCUCGAUCUGAGCUAUAACUUGCUGCAAAGCCUACCGGAUAAAUUGUUUCAGGAUACGGAGCAAUUAGAAAUUCUAAAUCUUGGCCACAACAUGCUAACGACCCUGAAUGACAAACUUUUGAAGUCGAAAUCAAUGUUGAAAGAGUUGUAUCUCGAUCACAACCAGCUGCAUGAAAUUGAUUGGCAUACGUUCAACGAUCAAUCCUCCCUUCGCAAGCUUAUUCUCAACCACAACCGGGUGGCACUGCACGUGAACGGUACGCCUGUGGUGUAUCAAAACGGCGAAACGCUCGUAGUUGAUCAAACACCGUUCAAUACGUUGGAGAAUGUGAUGAUACUGGAUCUGUCGCACAACGAGAUUAUCACCUUGUUUCAAGACUUUACAAAGUUCAUGCCGAAACUGACCGAGCUCAAUCUGUCGCACAACCGGAUCAGCCAGCUGAGCGAUAUGAACUUCCGGUUUGCAUCGCGUGCUAUUAAAGUCAUCAAUCUACAAUCAAACAACAUUACGCGGCUCGACUUUCAAGUGGAAAACUUCACGGAUCGAUUGCCACCGAAUAUACUACUGAACGGUAAUCCACUAAAUUGCGAUUGUCUGUUUUAUCCGCUCGUCCAAAGCAUCCGUGCGAAGGGAUACACCGAAAUAACGUCCCCUUUCAAAGGGGCACUGUGCGCUAAUCCACCAGCGCUAGCUUACCACGCGCUGUACGAUGUAGCGCCCGAAGAGCUGAUCUGUCAGCUUGAUGCGGCCAAUAACUUCUGUCCAACUGAGUGUACUUGCUAUAAACGUCCAGCGAGAAGUGAAAUUAUAGUAAACUGUAGCGAUCGAAAUCUAACCGUUGCGCCCGCCAUUUUAAGCCCGUCCGUACUGGACGUUCGUUACGAUGUCAUUGAACUGAAUCUCGCGAACAAUAUGCUGCGUGCGUUACCGACGACUCUGGGUGAAGGUUGGAACAGUGUGCGGCAGCUGUAUGUGGCGAACAACAAUCUAACGACGCUACCGUACGACAACUUGCCCGAUCGUCUCGAACUGAUCGAUACCCGUGGCAACCAGAUGUCGAAAUUCGAUGCGCAGCUCGUCGCAAUGCUAGCAAACCGUACCGAGCUGCGCAGCAUCAGUCUGUCGGCGAAUCCUUGGAAAUGCGAAUGUGAUGAACCACUGCUACAGUUUGUAGCCGAUAACGUAGCACGCAUCACGGACUUUACGGAGCUUCGGUGUGCGGACGGUGAGCCGCUCAACUCCGGUACACAGAAAAAGCUGUGCAAUUAUAGGACGAUACUGAUCGUGGUGCUGUCCCUGACCGUCACCUGUCUGGCGGUGGCUGCCUUUAUAUGCUACUGGCUGUACACGCGCUACCAGCACGAGAUAAAGGUGUGGCUGUUCCGGCACGAUCGGUUGCGGUGGCUGGUAGCCGAAGCGCAGAUCGACCAGGACAAGCGUUACGAUGCAUUCAUUUCGUACUCGCACAAGGACGAAGACUUUAUCGUCAGUACGCUGAUGCCCAAGCUUGAGGGUGAGCCGAUGAAUUUUAAGCUUUGCUGGCACGUGCGUGAUUUUAUGCCGGGCGAAUUGAUUUCCUCGCAGAUUACCAAAGCGGUGGAAGAAUCGCGCCGCACCAUCAUCGUGCUGUCGCCAAACUACAUCGAAUCGGUUUGGGGCCAGAUGGAGUUUAACACCGCGUACCUACAGUCGGUGGCGGACAAGCGCAAUCGUGUCAUACCGAUCAUUUACGAAGAUAUCGGUAAUAUCGAUACGCUCGAUGCGGAACUUCGGGCGUACCUGAAAACCAACACGUACGUACGGUGGGAUGAUCCGUGGUUUUGGGACAAGUUGCGGUACGCGAUGCCCCAUCCGUACCGGCUCAAGGGUGUACAGGCGUCCAACAACAUACGUAUGGCAUCGGUCGAUAAGCUAAAUCUGCUGCAAACCGCCACCCAGAUGUCAACACCAUCGCUGGAAAGUACACCACCAAUCGAAACCACACACUCGAGCAAAAACAUACCGAACGGUGAACCAUUGGACAGGUUUAACGAACAAUCCAUCCACAAAACAGUGUCACCGUUUACCAUCAGCAACGGCAAGUUUGAACUAUCGGCUUAAUAGUAGUUACAAAAUCAGACAACAGGUUGACAUUGUCGGCCAAUGCAAACUUCAAGAUAAUUAUUAAGAAUGCAUUAUGCUUUAAAAUGAUUCAAUCAUUUGGAACAAAAAAAAUAAGAAAAAGACCAUAAUAGACGUAAUAUUGCAGAUGUUAACAAUAACCAUCAAUACCGACGGUUAGCUAUACAUUUCAUACAUAUCUCAACAACAUCUGCUAUACAAAACGUAAUAUGUGAUACCGCAAUUGCAAUUUUCUCUAUUAUAUAUAGAUAUUACAUUUCCCCAAAAUCAAAACAAUUUCAAUAGAAUACCUUCACGAAAACUACGAAAAUACCAACUUUAUGGUGAAAUAAUUCACGAAUCUCAGUUGUUAAAUGAAUUUACAGAAAAAAAAAUCAAGAUAUUUUAAAUUGUUAAUGUUUACAUUAGCAUUAUGUUAAUUAGAUUGUUAAAAGGGAAACAAACAAACAAAAAACACUUACCGCUAUUCGUUCGAGAGGACGGUCCGGUGCGCAGGCAACAGUUACGUUGUAUGUUUUCACACCUAAAAACGUUUUUUACAGAGAAUUAAUAAAAAAAACAACCCCUCAAAAUGAAUUUUCCACACACUUAGAGAGGGAUCGAGGAACAACAUCGUAAUCUUAUGUUUUUUUUUUAGAAGAAACUCAGAAUAAAGAUUAAGAAUAUUUUCACAUGAAAGUAAACUCGAAAGGUAUUUAAACGAAAGAAGUUUUAGCUAGAAAGCAUCAUAAAUCAACCGAAAUUAAAAAAUUAAAAAUAUUAUGCAAUAAUUUAUACGAAUCUAAUAUUUGA